UGCGAGAGCAUGUGUGUAACGUUGCGACAAACACUGACCUAUUUCAAUAUGCUGUAGCCUAAUAUUUGCAAGCCCGGAUAAGUUUGAUCUUUUUCGAGAGAGUAGGAUCUGUUCAUCUUGUAAUGCAAGCGGAUUUAAUUAUAAUCCAAGAACGCCAGAAUUCAAUUUAGCACCUUUACUUGCCAAGAUCAAUAAGACCCAUCCCCCAAAGUCAAAGUUUGCCACGGACAAGAUCUUGCAUGAGAACUGCUGCGUUAAGUGAGUUCGUGCGCAACGUCGCCACUACUUCACCAGUGUGAUCUUGCCGAACGUUCGCAGGCAGAAUUCUCUUAAGUGCGCUCGUGUGUGUUGCGCGUCGGACACAUGUCCCAGUUUUGGCACUGAGGCGAGUGUGUAGGAACCCAGCGCGUCCUCCUCUCUCUCCUCUAACCUCAUCACAGCGAGACGGCACGAUUCACAGGAUUCUUCGCCAUAUGCUUAUCUUAUCCACUGAGGUUGGGGUUUGGAAGUAAGCGAUCCAUCGGGCGCAGAGCGAGUUCUGGAUUUGGAUGCUUCGCUGGCACGGCUUUGCGGGUGAUGGUGAAGCGCGUCUUGCGCGCUGACGCUCGUUUCCUCGAACUUUCAUCGGGACGUUUGGCGAAGGGAAAUGUGAAGAAGGCUUAAAGAAUGGCAUGUAAACAUGGUUUCUGCCAAGAAGGAGAUGGUGACUGCGAUGUACCCCACUUCUAUUCCCACUCUCCUCUACUUUCUGUGUGUGGCGGCUUGCAUAAAGAGAAUAUCUGGACAGAUCAGAAAGGAUGAGAAAUUAUACCCGGAAAAUUUCACACGCAUUCUGGACCGACUUCUGGACAGAUAUGACAACAGGCUCCGACCUGGAUUUGGGGGUCCAGUGACGGAAGUGAAGACAGAUAUUUAUGUCACAAGUUUCGGCCCAGUUUCUGAUGUGGAGAUGGAGUACACCAUGGACGUGUUCUUCCGCCAGACAUGGGUGGAUAGGCGGUUGAAGUAUGAUGGCCCGGUCGAGAUCCUCCGGCUAAAUAACCUGAUGGUGACCAAAGUUUGGACCCCAGACACUUUCUUCAGGAACGGCAAAAGAUCUGUGGCUCACAACAUGACGGCACCCAACAGACUCUUCCGAAUCAUGAAGAACGGCACCAUCCUGUACACUAUGAGGUUGACAAUAAUUGCAGAAUGUCCAAUGAGACUCGUUGAUUUCCCGAUGGAUGGCCACUCCUGCCCUCUGAAGUUUGGCAGCUAUGCCUACCCAAAGACUGAGAUGAUCUACACCUGGACCAAAGGCCCGCAGCAUUCUGUGGAGGUCCCACCUGAGUCAUCCAGCCUGGUUCAGUACGACCUGAUCGGACAGACUGUGUCAAGCGAGACUGUAAAAUCUAUCACAGGUGAAUAUGUAGUAAUGACGGUCUACUUCCACUUGAAACGGAAAAUGGGCUACUUCAUGAUUCAGACAUACAUCCCCUGCAUCAUGACUGUAAUCCUUUCUCAAGUGUCUUUCUGGAUAAAUAAGGAAUCCGUGCCCGCCAGAACUGUCUUUGGUAUCACCACUGUUCUCACAAUGACGACCCUCAGCAUCAGCGCUCGGCACUCUCUGCCCAAGGUCUCGUAUGCCACUGCCAUGGAUUGGUUCAUCGCUGUGUGUUUCGCUUUCGUUUUCUCUGCUCUCAUCGAGUUUGCGGCUGUGAACUACCUCACCAACGUUCAGGCAGAGAGAGCCAAGAGAAAACAGGCCGCAGCCGCCGCCAAGAGCUCCACACGGUCAGGAAAAGCUAAAGACACAGAGGAGGUUCUACAGCUAAACUCAGAUACUAAUGGCAACCUGCGGAAACGUGUCAACUCCAAUGUACAGUCUCAACCAGACUCUAAGAAGACCCAAAGAACUGAAACGUCUAGCAAGAGCGGAGCAGCCACAUCCAAACCGACCUUGACCAGCCAAUCAUCUUUCACCUCAGAGGGCACCAGCAGUUUUUCCAGCCAAUCACGUCUCAGCCCCAGUUCUGCCAGCCAAUCAAAUGCAGCCACUUCAUCCUCUGCAUCCAAGACAACACUGCCUGCCCCGCCCUCUACACCAACAGUUCCAGAGAAACCAUCGCCCGCUGCAACUCCGGGCGCCGCACCUCUUCAUCAUCUCCUGGGGCCUAAAUUAGAGAAUAUUAAAAAGAAGGAAAUCAAGCCUGCACCUCAACCUGCCACUCCUCCAACCGGAGGAGCCAGCAAGAUCGAUGAAUACGCACGUAUUUUAUUCCCAGUGUCCUUUGGGGCAUUCAACAUGGUGUACUGGGUGGUUUACUUAUCCAAAGACACCAUGGAGGCAAAGGGAGGCUAACGAGAACAGGCUUGGAUGUUUGUACCUUUUUUUCUACAACUGAAUAAAGAACCAUCUUAAGGAUUACACUAACAAGCAAUUCCAAGAAACUUAAUUAUAUGAUUGCAGACAAAACUGCACAAGCACACAGAAGAGAUUAUCUGGGUGAAAUAAUAUUACAACUUUUUUUUUCUUCUUUUUUUUUUAAUAAAAAAGGGCCAUACAUAAGAUUAAGCAUGUGGAUAUAUUAUAAUAAGUAAAAAUAAUUAAAUUAAAAAACAAUCCAAGCAAUCUCACAGGAAUGAAUCAUAGAUUUAUAUGUUGUCUUUUUGAAUAGCCAUAUUUCCAGUCAGGAGGAACAAUGCCACUAAAUAGAUAGAAAAAUAAAUAACAGGGUUGUUUAGUCUAUAAUAAUAAAGAUUAUUAGUAUUAUUAUUUUUUACAUAGAGACACUUCUGGGAAAAAAUCCUUCAUUCGGAAACUGGAAUUUUCAGAAAACCCAACAACUCUGAACUGACCAUGCAGAUGUCUGCCAAGAAGAAAUAUUUCUGACAUAAUACACAACGUUUUUCUUUCAGUUGAGAUGAAAUCUAAUUUUAAACCACAUCAUGGUGUAUGUAGACUAUCAGGCAUGAAUGGUAUCUAUCCUGUGUUCUAUCGCCGAGAGAAAAUGUUGGAAAUGAACGUGUCCUGAUUGUUGAAAAACACAUAUGCAUGUUUUUUUAUAUUUUUUAAAGAGACUAUAAGAAUUAUUGUUGUUACAAAUUAAGUAGUUAAAGCUCAAAUGAUGAUUUUCUCUUUUUGUUUUUGAAGUUGAAUGGCUUGUUUUCAGUUCAGUUCAAUUUGGGUUUCGUUUUCAUUAUUGCAGUAUUUUUUCAUCUUAUAGCUGAUACAUUCUCUGCUAUAAAAAAGUAAGUGUGACAUAGGGAAGGAGUUUCACCAUUUGAAGCACACAGCAUGUGCCGAAAGGCCCCCUGGAGCCUGGUGCCGUGGCAACCGCACAGGGACCAGAUGGUUCUGCAGUCAUUUAGAACAGUUAGAGGGUUAAAUAGAAUGAUGUUGUCAUACAAGAGCCAAAAGAUGACGAAAACCUCCACUGAUCCACAUAGGGCUGUUUUUCUAUGGAUUUUAACUGUGAUUGGUUGAGGUCUUCAUUAUCCCAAAAAAAUAUAAUAAUAUAUAUGACUCAAAAAUGGUGCCACGGAACAAUAAAAGAAAAUUUUCAGUAGAAUGUUUGAUGUCAAAGUCCAAGAAUGAUAAAAAAGCACCAUAAAAUAGCCUUAAUGACAUCUGAUAGACGUCUGAUAAAGUCAUAUGAUAGCUUUGUAUAAGUUGUUGUCAUUUUUUGCAUUAUAAUUUUUUAAUAGUGUUAUUCCUAUAAGAUAUGGAAGAUGUUUUUAUCAACAUAUGAUUUCAUUUUUGGCUUGUUUAUCAAACAAAGCUAUUCUAUGAUUUUAAAUAUAGAGCAUUUAUAUGUUAAAAUAGUCAUAUAAAAUACUUUUAUGCUGCUUUUUUGUGCUUUUUGGUGCUUGACAGACUAAAAAGGGGGUUUCUCAGCGAUGCCAUAGAAGAACCAUUUCUUCUUCCCCAAAGAACUAGUGAAAGUUGCUUAAA